UGUUUUGGUUGAAAGUUGAAACUGUCUCAAAGCAAGUUGGGAGCUUAGGAUUAGCUUUGUUUUAGUUUGACUCUGAAACUUUGGAACACUCCAACCUUCAAAAUUGUUGAUUCCCAUUUCAAGCUGCCAACUUUGUUUUAUUUUCCCCCUCUCUCUCUCUCUAACAUGUAUUUGUCAGCCUUUUGGAUUUGUUUGGGUUGAAAACUUUGUGCUUUGGACUGUUGAAUUUUCAGAUUUCAAAGCUUUGAUCAGCAGGAGCAAUUGAAUCUUUCCAAAUUGAGGGCUUUUGUGACUUUGCUGAAAAGGGCCUUUUGCGGGCAAAUCUUGGUUUGAGUUAAGAGGUUUUUGUUUCCCAGAUGAAUGUUAGUAUCAAGAAAUUGUAAGUAGUGAUAAGCAAUUGAGUGUAAAGCAGGAAACAGAUUGAAUCUUUUGGUGGGUGAGAGAAAUGGAGAAAAAUGAGGGAGAGGAUUGGAGGGAGAUGGUGAGGAGAAUGCUUCCACCAGGAGUUGAUGGGGCUAAUAUGGAAUACUCCAUAGCCAGUGAGUAUACUGGCCCUCUGUUGUCAUAUGAGGUUCCUAAAGUAGAGCCCCUUGAUGUCAAUUCUGGUGGAAUUCCGACAGCAUCACCUCUUUCAGAAUCAAGAAGAAGAUCAGUGAGUCGUGAUGUUGCCCCCGUUAUAGAACCUAUUCCUUUGCCAGUAUCUCGUAUUGCUGGUGUAACAAGUCCCCCUAGUCAGAGUCCUAGAUUGUCGAAUAGUUCCGAGUCCCAGGUGUCUGUCUUGCAGGACCCUGAUUCUUCUUCAGGUUCCCCCUCGGCAUCCCCGGGUUCAGUGCUGAAUCACCAGGGGAAUGCUGCAAGGCAUUCAGGGAGAAGAGCCCCGGUAGUCACCUUCAAUACAGUCGAUAGAUCUGAAAGAAAAGUGGUGGAAAUUGAGAACCAAGUCUUUCCAGAAUAUGUUGGAGUUUCAAAGAAGAAAAAGAAGUCAAGAGUCUGUUAUAGGUGUGGAAAAGGGAAGUGGGAGAGUAAAGAGUCGUGCUUCGUUUGUGAUGCAAAGUAUUGUAGCAAUUGUGUGCUCAGAGCAAUGGGUUCAAUGCCUGAAGGGCGGAAAUGUGUAAGUUGCAUUGGCCAGCCAAUUGACGAGUCGAAGAGGUCCAAACUUGGUAAACAUUCUAGAGUAUUAUCACGUUUGCUUAGUCCUUUGGAAGUCAAGCAGAUAAUGAAAGCAGAAAAAGAAUGUGCUGCUAAUCAGCUCCGACCUGAGCAGCUGAUUGUCAACGGAUCUCCUUUGAAGCCCGAUGAGAUGGCAGAACUCUUUGGCUGCCCUUUACCUCCUCACAAGUUGAAGCCUGGGAGGUAUUGGUAUGAUAAGGAAUCUGGACUAUGGGGAAAGGAAGGAGAAAAACCAGACAGAGUUGUUAGUUCAAACCUGAAUUUUACGGGAAAACUUAGUGCUCGUGCCAGCAGUGGAAAUACUCAGGUUUACAUUAAUGGUCGAGAGAUUACAAAACGUGAACUCAGAGUGCUCAAGUUUGCAAAUGUGCAAUGCCCUCGUGACACUCACUUUUGGGUAUAUGAUGAUGGUCGUUACGAGGAAGAAGGACAAAACAAUAUCCGGGGCAACAUCUGGGAAAAGGCAUCAACACGGUUUGUUUGCUCUCUGUUUUCAUUGCCUGUACCGCAUGGUCAGCCCUAUGGACAGAGAGACGAGCCUAGCAAUUAUACUACUGUUCCAAAUUACUUAGAGCAGAAAAGGGUUCAAAAGCUACUUUUGCUUGGGCUUGAAGGCUCUGGAACAAGCACUAUUUUCAAACAGGCGAAAUUUUUGUAUGGGAACAAGUUUACUGCUGAAGAAAUCCAGGACAUCAAGUUGAUGAUUCAAAGCAAUAUUUACAAGUAUCUGAGCAUUCUCCUUGAUGGAAGGGAGCGCUUUGAGGAGGAGGCUUUAUCAACAAUAAAAGCUGAAGGUAGUGAGACAGAAUCUGCGGAAAACACCCAGUGUGUCUAUUCCUUAAAUCCAAGGUUGAAGAAUUUCUCAGAUUGGCUACUGGAUAUUAUAGCAACCGGAGAUUUGGAUGCUUUCUUCCCUGCAGCUACGCGUGAAUAUGCUCCGUUGGUUGAAGAGGUCUGGAAAGAUCCUGCUAUACAGGAAACAUACAAGAGGAAGAAUGAGCUUCAUUUUCUUCCAGGUGUGGCGGAUUACUUCUUGGGCAAGGCUGUUGAGGUAUCGAGCAAUGAGUAUGAACCUUCGGAGCAAGACAUUCUGUAUGCAGAAGGAGUUACCCAAGGGAAUGGGUUGGCAUUUAUGGAGUUCCAAUUGGAUGAUCGUAGCCCAAUGUCUGAAACCUAUGGAGACAAUCUGGAUGCUCCUCCUCCCCCUCUCACCAGGUACCAGCUAAUUAGACUAAAUGCCAAGGGAAUGAAUGAAGGAUGCAAGUGGGUGGAGAUGUUUGAAGAUGUUCGUGUCGUAGUAUUCUGUGUUGCCCUUAGUGAUUAUGAUCAGAUGUGGGUUGCUCCAGAGGACAGUGGUAGUGGUACACUACUUCAGAACAAGAUGAUGCAUUACCGAGAACUUUUUGAAACAAUGGUCAGGCAUCCCUGUUUCAAAGAGACCCCAUUUGUUUUAAUAUUGAACAAGUAUGAUCUGUUCGAGGAGAAGCUCAACUGUGUGCCAUUGGGCGCUUGUGAAUGGUUCACUGAUUUCAGUCCACUGAGACCUCAUAAUAAUAGCCAGUCGCUCGCUCACCAAGCAUAUUACUAUGUAGCCAUGAAGUUCAAAGACCUCUAUGCUUCCCUAACCGGUAGAAAGCUAUUUGUGUGGCAAGCUCGGGCAAGGGACAGAAUAACUGUAGAUGAGGCAUUCAAGUAUAUAAGGGAGGUCGUGAAGUGGGACGAGGAAAAAGAAGAGACCUACUAUGUUGGAGCAGAAGAUUCAUUUUACAGUACAACCGAUAUUAGCUCGUCUCCAUUCAUCCGGCAGGAGUGAAAAUAAUUUAGACGUAUGUUGAUACUGUAGAUAGGACAAAGAAAGAGGGAUGUAAUAUGGUAAUAAGUUGAAUCUAAUUUUUUUUCACCAUCGCCUUUUCGUGGUUUUUACAGAAAUGGUGUUUCAAGUGAGUGAUUAUCUUGGGUUAUAUUGCUGUGCCAUCCAAGUAUUUAUUCUUAGAUGGCAGUGAAAUGUUGAUAAUAAAUGCUUAUUACCAGCCUUCUACCUCAUCUGUCUGUUGUAAAAGUAGCUUUGCUUGUA